AUGGAGACUAUAAUAGACAUUAGCGGUUGCGCUAAGGAGGAUGUGGUCAUGUUUGUAUCCCAACCGUUUAAGGGCGAUGCCCUCACAUGGUGGAAGGCGCUAGUACAGUCCACCGGGAAAGUUCAUUUGUACAAUCUCUCGUGGGAGAAGUUUGUUGAUUUGGUGAAGGACACUUACUGUCUUCAGCACGAAGUAGAGGGGAUAGAGACUGAUUUCCUCACCCUUGUGAUGAAGGAUCUAGAUUGUAGAUCCUAUGUGACUAGUUUCAAUUCCAUGUCAAGGCUGGUACCGUAUCUAGUCACUCCUGAGUCCAAACGCAUUGCGCGUUUCAUUGGUGGUCUGGCCCCUGAAGUGAAGGGGAAUAUAAAGGCUUCUAAGCCAGCCACUUAUAGAUCCGCUGUGGAUCUAUCAUUGUCCCUCACAUUGGAUGUUGUGAGGAGUCGGGCGAAGAAGACUACUAAAGAGGGAAUGAGGAAAAGAGUGGAUGAUCAGUCUUCUCAAUCAAACAAAAAGAGCAAAGGGAACUCUGGUUCCAAGAAGGGGCAAUCAGGUGAUAAGCCCAGGUGCAAGACUUGCCACAAAAGGCACUUUGGAAAGUGCAAUCGGGACCCACAAGCCAAACCCUGUGGGAUCUGCAAAAAGAAGGGGCACAAGUCUGUUGAGUGCCGGAAUAUUAAGGAUGCGACCUGUUAUGGUUGCAAUGAAAAGGGGCAUAUUAAAACCAACUGCCCCAAGAACGUAAAGAAGCCUAAAGAGGCAAAGAAGAACAAUGCCAGAGUGUUCCAGAUGCAAGCAAGGGAAGCGGUGAAUGACGAUAACGUCAUAACAGAAGUAGGAGAAGCUCAGUUAUUAGGACCCGAGAUAGUCCUUGAGAAAACGGACAAGAUUGUCCAAAUCCGUGAUCGCCUGAAAGCAGCCAGAGAUAGACAGAAGACUUAUGCCGAUAAGAGGCGUAAACCUCUAAAGUUUUAG